AUGUCUCGCCUCGCCGCUAUCGCGCACCAAAUCCCCAGCCGCGGCUUUCAGUCGCUGAGCGAUGAUGGGCGAUUCCAAGGCGCGACGAUCCGCCGUUAUUUUCCCGACAGACUGAUAUUCAGUCAGGCACCCCGUGUUUUUCGGGGAUCACUCGAAUAAUUUUUGUGAUUUUUCUUUCAGAAUCAAGCCCAUUAAAGUAAUUCAAAGAGCCUCUGCGAUUGCAAAAUUUUCGAUAACUCUUGUGUAAGUAUACCUUUUUUGCUUCAGCUUUUGGUUUUAUUUCAUGAAAAGUAAUAUUUUAUUUUAUCCAUGACAUUCCAGGGCAAAAUGAAGAAAGUUGCGCAGAAAAUGGCCACUCUUGAUCUGAAAACAAAAGAAAGCAGCACAUUUUUUGCCGAGAAAGUUGGGGAAGAAGAGGCCGUCAAUACGGUAAGAGUGGUUUUAUGAAAUUUUUUAUACCAUGAGUAAUGGUUGAUCUGUGAAUUUUUAUUCUUAUCAUUUUAGGACUACAUGAAAAAAGCCGGGAAGAGCGAGGUAAAUGUUAAGCCAAGACCCGCUGAUCCACUGCCAGUUUUUGAAAACAAUUUUGUGGGAGGUGUCUUGAAGAAGGUGGCGGAAGAAGGGGGCAUCGACAAUGUGAUUGGCAAUAUUAGAACCGGUCUAAUGCUCGUCGGCGAUCAGGAUCUGGGCAUUCUCUUCACUGAAAACUUCAUCAAGCCCACUUCUUGUGUUGGAUGUAAUAUUACACCGUUAAUUACGACGACAGCCUUAUAUCGUAUAUUCAUGAGAGUCUCUCCCUACUUUAAGAACGAGGAAUUGGUCGCCGUCGAUAAAUUCUGUUGUAUGGGAUUCGAAGUGAACUCAGCAUUGGCCAAGAUGAUCAAAGUGUUCAACCCAGAGAUGAUGGGAAAGAUGUACCGACAAGAAUUGGAUGGUAUCAACCCCAAGGGAAAGGAGAUCAGAGGCCUAUUGCAACAUGAUGAUAAUACGGUUGGAAUGACGGCGUAUCUACUCAUUCAACAGACGUUAUUUGAUGACAAGAAUAAUAAUUCCAAAAAGAAGACUUUGAAGAAUGCAAAGAGAGUGCCUUGCGAGCAUAAAGGAGAAUUGGAUCCAGAAGCCACCAAGAGUUUCCCUCUUAAUCAGAAGUUUGUGAAUCUGGUCAGGACCCAGAUGGAGGCUUCCAAUGCUCCAGAAGUCGUCAAUUUGACAAAGAAAUCAAUCCAGAAAGUAAAGGAUAAUGUCUUGGGAAGAAGAUUCAGGACAAAGAUAGUACAAGCACUUGGUCAUAAAGGCGUGGAGGCUGGGAUCUACGGAAUAGUGGCCUCUCUGGAACGAGGGAUUCAACAGGAAACAUUUUGGGCCAGUCAAGAUUGUUGUAUUGGGAAGAAGCUCGGAGAUACGAUCACAUUGUUGUUAAAUUAUCCACUAGUGCAACAAGGAGAUGCCUUUAGAAGAGAACUUUUGCUCACUCGGCUUUAUUUCGAAGAAAAGUUUCCCAAUUUCGAUCGACUUUUGGAAGAAGAUCGCGAAUUACUGGCUGCCGUUAUGAGUUGCGUAGUAAAGAAGCUGUUAUGUGAUGGGAACGACUCUUCAGAUGGAAUCAACUGCCUCCAUCCUCAUCCUGAAUACAUCGUGGACCCAGAACUUUUUGAUAAAGUUCUCCAGACGAUCAAGCAAUGCGGUGGUUCCUCUAAAUUGCUACAUAAUCCUCUGAAGACAAGCAAAAACAUUAGGAAAAUGAUUGCCGAGCAUAAUGAUGUUAUGGAAAGAGGGCUAAAGUGCCAGAUGGAUAAUGUCGGGAAGACAUUCAACGAGUUUUGGGAGGCGUUGAUCAGAGGAAACUUCGAAAAAAUGGUCACCAAUUUCAAUCGAAAUAUCGUCCGAUCUCCAACAGACGAUUCUACUACAAGUCUUCUGAGAAAAGCGGCUUAUUUAUUGGUGAAAGAGACUGAAGUUGGAGGAUUCCAAAAUUGGGACGAGCUUUUUUCAAUUACUCAGCGAUUCGACGCGUUAUCUGUGACCGUUCCCAUCGCAAAGAUCUUAUUAAUCGACAUUGAGACCCUUGGAACUAUGUACAGGAAAUGCCUGAGGGGAUUGAACGUCAAAAAUGAAGAGAUCUGCGGCGUUUUGAAAACACCGGAUCAUAUUCUGGGCCGGUUUGCCGUUGUUGUAAUGUACUAUCUACUGUUCCCGGAAGAAGCCAAUAAGAGCAAAGCCGUGUUACCGGAGGUAUCUGGAAAGAUACAACCAUUGUCAUUGGACAGAGAGUUCUAUAAUGAGGUCGAGAAGAUGGUAGAGCAACAGCCAGAGCAGUACAAGGAAUCCCUCCGGAAGAAGAUGGAGUUGAUCACGGAUGAGACUCUUGGAAGGAGAUUCAGAACGCAUAUUGCGGAGCUAGCAGCAAAGAACAUGGCGGAGAAUGUUAUAAUGAAAUCGCUGGUGCUAUUGGAUCCCUUCUUCAAAUUGCCAGAGGCUUAUUCCAAAAGAGGUCCAUGUUGUUUUGGAAGAGCUCUCAGAUCAAUUUUGAAGAUCAUGUUGUCUUUAAGAUUCCGUGAUGUUAUGCUAAGUCUAAAUAGAAAUUACGAUCUCCCCGGAUGUAUAUGUUCAACAGUGCCUCAUCGACAUAUGGAAGGAGCCGUCGACCAUUAUUCGGAUUUCAGUGGAAUGGCCACCGUGUACAUGCUGGAUAAGAUGCUCUUCAAAUCGCCCAUUCCAACCGACGGAUCCACUGGUAGACAUGAGAUUGCUCCAGACGAAGAAAACGACAUCUUCAAACAGGCUUUGAUCACGAUCGGGAAGGAAGAGAAAUUAACUACCGUUCUCCAUAAUCCAAAGGAAAGCCAAAAACGACUGAAAGAUAUCAUCAAAAGUGAAGUGGAAGAACGUUGGGGACCUGUUGAUCUCAAUUUGGAUGAGGUUGAGAUCAGAUUCAGUGAGUUGGUGUUCAAAUUGAGUAAGAGCGAGUUCCGCGCGUUAGCCACUUACUUCAAGGUUUCCCUGCUUAACGUCAAUGAAUGUGUCAAAUCAACCACCACCAUAUUGAAGAAAGCGAUGUUGGAUGUAUUCUUUGAGUCUGAAGACAUGGACUUCCACAUACCUUACACGAGAGAGGAAUGUGCUGGGUUUGACGCGCACUUUUUUGGAUAUACUGUGGGAGAUUCAAUCUUCAAGAUGAUUCUCAUGGAAUGCGAUGAUGUCGGAGAAUCAUUCAGAAGAUCACUAAAGAAAUUCGUUGGAAAUGACCCGAGAAUCGAGAGUCUACUCAAGAAAUGUGGUGAUUAUCUGGGGAUCUUCUUCUUCGUCCUCAUCGACAUGCUUAUACUCUGUGAUUUAGACGGCUCUGGGGAAGACGACUCGUUGAUCAAGAAGAUAUUGUACCCCAAGGUCCCCGGAACUUUUGAGGAACUCGAAAGGAAAGCGGUCGCCUCUCCUCCAAGACUAAUCGCUUCAUCGAUGAGAAAAGUCUUGGCUUUCAACCAGAAAGAUCAAUCGUUGGUAGCCGAGAACUUUAAGGACAUUAUUUUUGGAACCAUGAGACUGUUAACACCUGAAUUGGAGGGUCUAUCCGAUGAUGAGAUCGCUCAGAUCAAGGACAAAAAGCUGGCACGAUAUCUGAAGGAUUUCAUCCAAACAAUUCAUUCUAUGCACACAAAUGGAACGGGAAGCGUGGUUAAAUUAGCUAUUUCUACCAUCAGAAAUCUUCACUUAACCCUCAGACUUCAGAUCCCGGCCCUUAAUGCCUACUGGACCACCGUUCUUUUCCUAUCCAUCAAGACACUGAUCUUCGAUCGGGAUGUUGUAGACACUUUGUAG